AUUUAUACGCCGGUGAAACGCUGCAGCUCACAGUCAAGCACUGCGCGCUUCUCCAGGGGAGGACACUUGAACCACCAACACACACCCGGCCCCCUUCUCUCCUGCGGACUUACUCGACUCGGCCACGCUUUUUUUUUUCCCCUCCCAAACUUUUUUUUUGUUUUUUCCAAAACCAAAACCAGUCGUGGCACCACCGCGCGCCCGUCAGGGAUCCAACUCGCCGCUCCAUGAAAGAGGCCGUGCGGCUGCAGACUCGGGGAAGCGACAUGUCAGCCACCGUGUUGUCAGCGUUCUACGACGUGGACCUGCUGUACAAGCAGCAGGAGAAGAGCCUGAACAUGAACGCGCUCCACAUCAACUCCAUGCUGGAUAAGAAGGCGGUGGGAGCUCCGCUCGCCUCUCCGGGCUCCGCUCCCUUCACCCCCGGAUUUUUCCGCAGAAACUCGACCAGCAACGUGGAGGCGAUGAACAACGGCAACAAGUACUGUCUGGGCUCGUACCUGAAGGAGAGCUCGGCCGGCGGCAGCAGCAGCGCCGCCGCCGCCGCCGCCACGGCGCUCAUGAACAAGGAGAACAAGUUCCGCGAGCGCGCGCUGAGCGAGAGCGGAGAGCGGGGCGCGCUGCAGCAGCAGAAGCCCGGCGCUCAGAUCAACUCCACCCGCUACAAGACGGAGCUGUGCCGGCCCUUCGAGGAGAACGGCUCCUGCAAGUACGGGGAGAAGUGUCAGUUCGCCCACGGCUACCACGAGCUGCGCAGCCUGUCGCGACACCCCAAGUACAAGACGGAGCCGUGUCGCACCUUCCACACCAUCGGCUUCUGCCCCUACGGCCCGCGCUGCCACUUCAUCCACAACGCCGACGAGCGGCGGCCCGCUCCGGCCGCCAACGGCAACGGGGAGCCGCGGGGCUUCCUCCCCCCGCAGCAGCAGCAGCAGCAGCAGCAGCUGGGCUUCAGCCAGCGGGACCGACCAAAGCUCCACCACAGCCUCAGCUUCUCCGGCUUCUCCUCCCACCACGGACUCGAGUCGCCGCUGCUGGACAGCCCCACGUCGCGCACGCCGCCGCCGCCCACCAGCUCCUGCCCCUCCGCGUCCAGCUUCUACGACGAGGUGCUGUCGCCCGGCUCCGCGUCCUUCUCUUUGCCCGGGCAGGACUUGAAGGCCCUGCUGGCGCCGCUGGCCGUGCACACCCACCCGGCCGCCGGCUACUACGGCAGCCUGCCCUCGCCGCCGCCCUACAACAUGAGCCAGCUGGUGGCGCUGCGCCGCCUCAGCGAGUCGCCGGUGUUCGAGCCGCCUCCCAGCCCGCCCGACUCCCUCUCGGACCGGGAGAGCUACGCCAGCGGCUCCCUCAGCUCCUCCGGCAGCCUCAGCGGCUCCGAGUCGCCCAGUCUGGACGCGGGGCGGCGGCUGCCAAUCUUCAGCAGGCUGUCGAUUUCUGAUGACUGACUUCCGCUCCGGAGGUGGAUUACGGACUGAUCCGGGGACUUGAUUCGCAGCUUCAGACGUUUGAAUCCCUGCCAGCUCAGGGGGGCGCUGCCGGCCCCGCUCCGACCUCCCUGGUGGGGGGCAAGACUGGGGUGGGGUGGGGGGUCACCCACAAAAGUGUCCUUGACCUGGCAUUAGUUAGUGUCUUUCUAUGUAAUAUAGUCCUAUUAAAACGCUUAGGUAGCAAACAGAAGGCAUUCCAUCAGUGCCUUGCCCAAGGGCUCGCGGCAGCCCGCCUCCCUCUGCCAGCCUGGGAUGAGGGACAAGACUUGACAGGAAGAAGCGGCUUCAGAUUUCCUCCCACCCGACCUGGACUCAUCCUCCUCCUCCUCCUCUUCUUCUUCUCCUCUGAGAACCUUCCAUUCCAGACCCUCCCUCGUCCCGGCGCCACCCAGCGGUGGACUCGUUUGAAAGCACUCUUGAGUUCGGGGAAAUCACUGCUGACGGUUGAAUAUAUCUAUUUUUUUAGCUGAGUGAUUUACAUAGCGGUGCAGAACUGACUAUGGACUAUUUAACUUAUUUAUUAUCUUGUGAACACACGAAAGUAUAGGCUGCGUUGGUCGUCCAUACUGUAUUUAUCAAGUAUGAUGAAGCAAUAGAUCUAUAUUCUUUUAUGUUUAAAUUAUGAUCGCCAUUAUUAAUCUGCAUAAAGUGGAGUGUAUGUUCUUUUCACAGUAAUAUAUAUUUUGUUUUUCUCCUUUUUUUUUUUUGUAACGUCACUUGGUUAUUUUUAUUGUAAAUGAGUAAACAAAUCUUAAUUUAAGAGAACGUAUGUGAUAUUUAUUUCAUUAAUUUUGUUUCCUUGUUUACGUUAUUAAAGUUGAUUGCUGUUCGAGGUCGAUGCUGUAGAAGGCUUUUUCCUCCGUUUUUUUUUUUUAGUUGGUUCACUAGAAUGUAUCCGUGGUUGUCCAGACCGUCCAAACUCAAACUUAGAGUCAAAGAACCCGAGUCCACCAAUUAACCAAAAAGUAUUUUUGUAUUCCUUCUGUUGGCACUGUGAUUCCAGCCACGUGCUCAAGAAUGUAGCAGUCCCAGUAUUACCUAGUGCCUGUGGGGCUCUCCACCUCUUGCCUUAAAUUAACCAAAUAAAGUAUUUUUUUGCAUCUUUUCUACACCAGCUGAAAUGAAUGUAGUGCCAGAUUCUAUUUUCCCUCUUCGAUCUGUUGUUGGGCUGUACAUAGUAGGUACACGGGGGACGCGCACUAUGUACUUUUGACUACUUUAUCAGAAGUAAAGCUUUUUGAAUGUAACAGACAAACGGACAAAAAGACAACAAGAGUUGUUGGAUUUUUUUUUUUUCUUUCGGGGAGUCAGUUCACUACAAAUGGAGACUGUUAACUUUGUACUGUACAUUUUUGUAGCUCUCCCAAUAAAAGCAUAUUUUUGGAAAAGAGA